GGCGGUAUUUGCUUACACCUUGGUUGCGACCCGCCAUAAAUCAGAGAAGAAAGUUACUCAGCCGAAUGUGCCGAAAACUGGAUAACCUUUUAUGAACUGCCUUGUUAAAUAGUAAAUAUGUUCGGAUGUGUGGUCGCUGGUAGACUGGUCCAAACAGACGCAUUACAAGUUGCCAAUGACAAGUUUGUCUUCAACCUGCCGGAUUAUGAGAAUGUAAACCAUGUGGUGGUCUUCAUGCUUGGAACAGUGCCUUUUCCAGUAGGCAUGGGUGGUGCUGUCUACUUUUCCUUCCCUGACCAAGUUGGUGGUCAAGUUUGGCAACUUCUAGGUUUUAUUACUAAUGAUAAACCUAGUGCCAUCUUUAAAAUAGCUAGCUUAAAAGCAGGUGAGGGUGGUGAACAUCCUUUUGGAAUGAUGGCAGCACCUCAAGCAGCCUCAGUGGCACAAGUAGGUGUGUCUAUUGAGCCUCUGGAUCAGCUUAGUCAGCAGACGCCAGUUUCAAGUGCUACUGUUUCAUCUGUCGACUCAUUUACACAGUUCACUCAAAAGAUGUUGGACAAUUUGUAUAAUUUCACCUUGUCGUUCGCGGUGACACAGUCACAGAUGACAUCAAAUCCAUCAGAGGUGUUUAUCCCUGCCAGUUCUAUCCUGAAAUGGUAUGAGAACUUUCAAAGACGCAUGGCCCAUAACCCACAUUUUUGGAAGAUGUGACUCAUCAGUAUUGAAAGAAGUGAUUGACAAGACACAUUCGAGACCAAAUACUUUUUUUCUGCAAAAGAGUUUCAGCUACAGCAUAUACAGUAAGCAGUAUUGAUUUUUGUGAUGUAUGACAUCUUGUCAGUUCAAAUUCUGAAAUAAAAAAAACAAGAUUGAA